AUGACUCUUCACAUCUUGCCCUUGCUAGAUGGCAAGAGCCACAACGUUCGGCCAAAGCCGGACUUCAGCCUCGAAGGCUUUGUUCUCAACGACAGGUACUCAUUUCUCCGCAAAAUCGGCGCCGGCACCUACGGCCUCAUCUACCUCGUGCGAGACCAAGUCACUGGCCUCGAGCUUGCCGCCAAGAUGGUCAUGACUGAGCCCCACGGCGCGGGCUCGGCGGCAAACAACAAAAAGUACAUCCAGGAGAAGAUGUACGACUACUUUGCCUCGCAUAGCCCGUUGCAAGCGCAGGAACUCGACUUGGGCUUGAUUGCUCGCGACGGCGUCUCGUGUCUGUUUCUCAAGGAAAUCGCUUUGCACUUGAAAGUGCAUGACCACCCCAAUGUCGUCACGAUCCACCACGUUUUCAGCCUAGAGCGUUUUGCUGUGGUCACUUUGAUGGACUACUUUGCUCAGGGCGACUUGUUUGGCAACAUCAUCGACAACCACAUCUUCUUGACGCGCCACCACGGCAAGCAGCUUAUGAUGAAAAACUGCAUGCUCCAAUUGAUUGACGCAAUGGAGUUCUGUGCUCUGCGGGGCGUCUACCACUGCGACUUGAAGCCCGAAAACGUCAUGGUGCGCUACGAUCCUCUGUAUCGGCGUCCCGACGCGGACGAAACGGGCUCGCGGCCCAUCAUCGACUACCAGGAACUUCACGUUAGCCUCAUAGACUUUGGCUUGGCCAUGACGUCAGACUUGAUCUGCUGCAAUGCUUGCCGUGGUUCAAGCUUCUACAUGGCCCCGGAGCGGAUUGUCAACUUCAACACCAGCAAGCUCGUGCGGUCGCUCAUUGACAUGGAGCAGUUUGUCAGCGACGAGCGUGCGGAGCUGGAGCUGAGCGCACGGUACUUGCCGACGUUGGCGGGAGACGUGUGGCUGCUUGGCGUUUUAUUUAUCAACAUCACAUGUGCACGGAACCCGUGGCCCAUAGCUAACAUCAACGACCGCCACGAGGUUUUUUCCAACUACAUUUUGCAUAACAAGAGCAUUCUCCAGACCAUCUUGCCCAUUCUGAAGCAGUUCAACGCUGUGCUCAACGAGAUAUUCUGCCUUAACCCUAACGAGCGCAUUUCGUUGGCGGACUUGCGCCAACGGAUUGUGGCGGUGGAUUUUUACCAUGACGGCGCCUCUUUCAACGAGCAAUUGUGCACGCCGCCGACGGAACCGAAUCUGCGGCCCAGCUCGCCUAAGGACAUUCAGGGCACGGGAAAAGGCCACCACGGGCUGGUGUGCUAG